CCAAUCUCUCUAACAAUGGCAGCUCCUCCGGUAGAGUCGGUCCAGUGCUUCGGCCGAAAGAAGACCGCCGUGGCCGUCACCUACUGCAGGCGUGGCCGUGGCCUGAUCAAGAUCAACGGCUGCCCCAUCGAGCUGGUGGAGCCUGAGAUCCUCCGCUACAAGGCCUACGAGCCCAUCCUCCUCCUCGGCCGCCAACGCUUCGCCGGCGUCGACAUGCGCAUCCGCGUUAAGGGCGGUGGCCACACCUCCCAGAUCUACGCCAUCCGCCAGAGCAUCGCCAAAGCACUCGUCGCUUUCUACCAGAAGUAUGUUGAUGAGCAGUCGAAGAAGGAGAUCAAGGACAUUCUCGUCAGGUACGAUCGUACUCUCCUCGUCGCCGAUCCUAGGCGCUGCGAGCCCAAGAAGUUUGGUGGUCGCGGUGCUCGUGCUAGGUUCCAGAAGUCUUACCGUUAAAAGACCAAUAUAUCAUCACUAUGUU